UUUGGGUAAGCAAAGUUUUCUGCUGUUUAUAGUAUUGUAGUCUGUAUUAGAUAAUUAUACACAAUGUCUCCGAUUGCAACAUACGUAUUCCUAGAUAUUGAAACCACCGGCUUACCGAAAGAGGAAAACAACAAAACUAAAAUAACAGAACUGAGUUUGGUAGCUGUGAAAAGGCAACAUAUUCUCGAAACGCGUGCGGGAGCCACGCCUCGUGUUCAGCAUAAGCUCACACUUUGUUUUAAUCCAGGAAGAAUGGUGGCACCAAGUUGUUCAGAAGUGACUGGCCUAUGCAACGACCUAUUGGAACAUGAGUCUACUUUUAAUAGAGAUACAUUUACGAUGAUAAAUACGUUUCUAAAAACACUUACCAAACCGGUUUGCCUUAUUGCUCAAAAUGGACAUAAUUUUGAUUUUCCUAUAUUAAAAAAUCAUUUAGUAAAGCUUGGUGUUAGUUUAUCUGAUGACCUCCUCUGCGCUGAUUGCUACCACAGUUUUUAUGAUAUAUUGGAAAAGAAAUAUGUGAAUACUACAGUUACAAAAUCAAAUCAAAAUGAUUCAAGUUCAUCAUUAGUUGAAUGUAUUGAUGAAACAGAUCUGUCAAAAGUGGACACAAGUUCUUUACAAUCAAAAAAUGAAAAAACUCCAGAACGGCCAACUACUACUAAAAAAAUAUAUAAACCAAGUCCUAUUUCCAAAGUACGCAGAAGGUUUGUAUGGACUGAUGGAGAAAAACCAAAGGAAAAAUAUAAACUUAAAGAUGUGUAUGAGAGAGUAUUGAAUCGAAAAGCUGAAGAUGCUCAUCGUGCUGAAAAUGACUGUUUAUUUGCAUUAGCAGGUUUUGUUGCUUUAUCAAGAGAUAUGGUGCCAUGGUUAGAUGAAAACCAUUGUCUUUUCUCCGAAGUCAAACCAAUGACUAUAGGUGUUCCUCUUGGUUAUUAACUACCAAAAUAAAUUGAGUAAUAAAAUGAGUACUAUAGUAAUUAUAUUAAAAGUAUUUUAUCGAGCAAUAAGUAAAUAUAUCAAGGCAUACU